AACCAGAAUUUUCCACGUGUAAAUCUUUCAUCAAGUUUAGAUCACAGGUUGGCUGUUGGGACCCCACUUAAACCGGCGCGUGGGUUAUUGCACGUGGAUUAAUGUAAUUGUUUUCUUGUCCGAGAACGGCAUUAACUUUAACUUUGGUAGUUGAGCUUGAGUUCCGUUUUGAGUUUGACCUUGAAGGUUUCGUCUUCAACCUCAAAUCAAAAUCUGGAAGCAGAAACUUUCUUCGACGGUUCAGAAAAGAAUUCAAAGAUCAUACCGUUUGGGGUUUUUUUUUUUUUUUCUGCGUUAAAAUGGCUAUCUUUUACUUCUCUUUCAUUCUCUGCUUCUCUUUCUUCUCUUCAUCACUCUCUAUUCAUUCUAUAUCCAUCACUGAUUCCGCUUCACUGUACCUCUCACCCACCAUAUUGUUCCCAGAUUAUCAGAAAAUGCUGAAAUCUUUCAGAAUUUACAUGUACACACCUCCCAAGCCUUUCUCUUUCACAUCUCCAGUUGAGUCUCUUUUCUUCUCUUCUCUUAAAAACAGCCCCUUUGUAACCCAAGACCCAGAAGACGCUCACCUCUUCUUCGUGCCCUUCCCUUCCGAUCUCUCCACGCGCUCGAUUGCCCGCGUAAUUAGAGACCUUCGAAUGGAGUUCCCCUACUGGAAUCGUACUCUGGGUGCCGAUCAUUUCUAUGUUUCUUGUGCUGGUCUUGGCUACGAAUCGGACCGAAAUCUCGUCGAGUUGAAGAAGAACUCGGUGCAGAUCUCUUGCUUCCCUGCACCGGACGGUAAGUUUGUUCCACACAAGGAUAUAACGUUGCCUCCGCCAGCGAAUACUCACGCAACACAAGCGCCGGCGAACAGAACGGCGAGGUAUCGAGGUUUUGUAAAAUACAAUGGGGUUAAAGAGUCAGCCCUAAUCAACGACUUGAGAAGCGCUUCUGAUUUUCUUAUGGAAACUGAGCCGUCCGAUGAGAAGACUUUGGUGGAUAGAUUUGCGAAUAGCGAGUUUUGUUUGUUCGAAUACGGAGCCGAUACUUCGGGGAUAGGAGAAGCGCUGCGUUUUGGGUGCUUGCCUGUGGUGAUUACUGACCGUCCAAUAAAGGAUUUGCCGCUGAUGGACGUGUUGAGAUGGCAGGAGAUUGCGGCGUUUGUGGGGUCCACUGUGAAUACCAAUAGUGGGCUUAAGGGAGUGAAGCGUGUGCUGGAUCGCACGUGCAAAGACGAUACGUGCGAGGGAAUGAGGAGAUUGGGUGUGGCGGCGAGUCAUCAUUUAUUGUGGAAUGAAAAACCGGAGCCGUACGAUCCGUUCCAUAUGGUAGUGUAUGAGCUUUGGCUUAGGCGGCACACUAUUAGAUACGCACGGAGCGAAUGGAUUUAAGCCUUUUUUUAUGAAAUUAUUUAUAAUUUUUUUAUUAAUGGAAUGAAAUGUUAUUGCCA